AUGAAAAAUAAGCGUUCUUCAGACUUUUUAGAUUAAUCACCAGUCAAAAUUGACCGUCAACACGCAAUUUUAACACCGUCUUCUAAAGUUUAAUCCAAUUAACAUUCACCCACAAAAGACUAGUUUUCCUAAGCAUCAUGUCCUUUUUCUUUGAGAGAUUUAGAAUUCUAAUGUAUUUAAUAGUUUAUACCUUUAGAGCAAAGGUAACAUUUCAAAUAUACUUUUUAAAAGUGUAAACUUCUUUUACAUGAGGAAAGAUAAGUAGCAAUAAAGGAAUAUGAUAAUAUAAAUUAAAUGAAUCAAAAUGAUACUUCACAUGGUUUGUAUGAUCAAAUUGAAGAGAAUCAGUUUGAGCAUGACAAGCCUUAUGAAAUGUCAGAUGAAAGUGAAUAAGACUAGAGAGAACAUGAUUCCUAGAGCAAAUUAAAGACUUAAACUGAAGUUUAACAUCAACCUGAAGUAUAUAUCAAAGAUCCUAAAGAAUUCUUGGAUAGAUUUAUUGGAAGACAUAUUGUUUAAAAUUUAUCGAAAGAAAUAACAGUUGGUGAAAUUGCAAAUACAAUAAUAUAAGGUGUUGAAACUUCAUUGGGAUAAAAAGGGCAAAAAAAUAAAGAGGAGAUUAUUGAGAAAAAAAAAAACAUUAUAUCAAAAUAUGCUCUCUCCUUAUUCUUUAGUUUUGCAGGUAGAGUUAUUGUCAAGUAUGGUGAAGGAUGUAAUAAAUGUGAAACUAUCCGAAAUGAAUUGGGAUCAAUGCUAAUUAAAAAGGAUAAUAAAUGGUAUAAUAGUAUUAGCACUUAUUUCUGCGUCCGAAAAGAGUAUUAAACAGAUUAAAAUAAUAAUAAUAAUAAUAUCAAAGGGAGAAUUGAUGAGUUAAUCAAAAAGAUAAAAGAAAAAACGAAGGAGCUUGCUGAUAAAAAGGGGGAGGAGCCUGCUGAUAACUAGAAGAAGAUGAUGCUUAAAUUUUCGUUGGAAUAUGAUGAUCAGAAAAAGAAAGUUAAGUUAAAUUGUCCAUCAUUAUAGGAGAGAUUUAAGACGGGGAAACUAAAAUCACAAUCAUUGGAGGUAGCUAAAGAAAAGGUUAAAGAAUUAGAAAUCGAAGAUAAAGAAGAAUAUGAUUGUUUGAUGAAAUAUUUUGAUUUAACAAUUGAAUUAAAAAGUAUCGGAAAAAUUAAAAAAAGUACCUUCAUAUAUUCAUAGGAUAUUAAAAUACUAUAUAAAAAGACAUUAAUGAAAAAAUUUUUUGACAUCAUUAAAAAUAGAUUCCUAAAAAUAUCAAAUAAUAAAAAUGAACAAGGUGAAUUAGAUGAAUUAGAUGAACUAAUUUUGGAAGAAUUAAAAACAAUGUUUGAAGGUAAAUAUUUAUUAUUAUUAUUAGAGACUGAUGAUAAGGAUUAAUCAAAAUAAGAAAAAAAAUUGAAAAAAGCACGCCAAAAGUAAAAAGCAUAGGAUGUCAAUGAAUGAAAUUUAAGUUAGAAAAUGAUCAAUGA